AUGGUCGCAAUCAUUGUUCCUGGCAACUACGGUGCCGUCAUCGCCGUCGCCCUCGGUGCCAUCCCUGUCUUGGGCUUCGUCCAUGGAAUUAUCACUGGCAAGCAGCGCAAGGGAGCUAAGGUGCCUUACCCGCACAGCUACGCCACCAUUGAGCAGUGCAAGGAGAAUCCCCUAGCCGAGAAAUUCAACUGCGCCCAGCGCGCCCACGCCAACUUCCUCGAGAAUGCCCCCCAGACAAUGUUCUUCACUAUGGUCGCAGGCCUGAAGUACCCCGAACUGGCCGCCGGCCUGGGUGCCCUGUGGGUUGUGUUCCGUGCUCUCUUCCUCCACGGCUAUGUGUAUGGUGGCAAGGCGCAGGGUAUGGGCCGUCUGCGUGGUAGUCUCUUCUGGCUGGUGCAGGGUGCGCUGUGGGGAUUGAGUGUUUUCGGUGUUGGACGGGAUUUGCUUGACUUCUAA